UAUUUGAAAAAUAAAUAAAUAAAUGUGUAUAUAUUUUCCAUUAGUUUGAAGACAUAAAUAUAUUUUACAUCUGGUUUUUUCUUCUCUACUCAACCUUUAGCGAUCUCUACUGUAGUGGCCGCUUCUUCUGGUUUUCACUUUCAGGUUUAUCCUUACUGGUUUAUAGCUUGGGAAAUGGAUGUUGGAGGAAACUCCUUAGCAUCUGGUGCAGAUGGAAAGAAGAGAAAAGUAAGUUAUUUCUAUGAUCCUGAAGUUGGUAAUUACUAUUAUGGACAAGGCCAUCCAAUGAAGCCACAUAGAAUGCGGAUGACACAUGCUCUUCUUGCCCACUAUGGUCUAUUACAACACAUGCAUGUUCUGAAGCCAAAUCCUGCUAGAGAUAAGGAUCUCUGUAGGUUUCAUGCUGAUGAUUAUAUUGCUUUCUUGAGAAGCGUAACACCAGAAACACAGCAAGAUCAGCUGAGGCAGCUGAAGAGGUUCAAUGUCGGGGAGGACUGUCCAGUUUUUGAUGGUCUUUAUUCCUUCUGCCAAACCUACGCUGGAGGUUCUGUUGGUGGGGCAGUUAAGUUGAACCAUGGACACUGUGAUAUCGCUGUAAAUUGGGCUGGUGGAUUGCAUCAUGCCAAGAAAUGUGAAGCAUCUGGUUUCUGCUAUGUGAACGAUAUCGUGUUGGCUAUUCUGGAGCUACUCAAAGUCCAUGAGAGAGUAUUGUAUGUGGAUAUUGAUAUCCAUCAUGGUGAUGGCGUGGAAGAGGCCUUCUAUACUACAGAUAGGGUCAUGACAGUUUCCUUUCAUAAAUUUGGAGAUUACUUUCCUGGUACAGGGGAUGUACGUGAUAUUGGUUAUGGAAGUGGAAAAUACUACUCUCUAAAUGUUCCACUAGAUGAUGGAAUUGAUGAUGAGAGCUAUCAGUCCCUCUUUAAGCCUAUUAUGGGCAAAGUGAUGGAAGUUUUUAAGCCUGGUGCUGUGGUUUUGCAAUGUGGUGCAGAUUCCUUGUCUGGCGAUCGGCUAGGCUGCUUUAAUCUCUCUAUUAAAGGUCAUGCUGAAUGUGUCAAGUACAUGAGGUCUUUCAAUGUGCCAUUGUUGUUGCUUGGUGGAGGCGGCUACACAAUACGUAAUGUUGCUCGUUGCUGGUGUUACGAAACAGGAGUUGCAUUAGGAAUAGAGCUUGAAGAUAAGAUGCCGCAACAUGAAUAUUAUGAAUACUUUGGUCCAGAUUAUACCUUGCAUGUCGCUCCAAGUAACAUGGAGAACAAAAAUUCUCGUCAGAUUUUAGAAGAUAUAAGAUCAAAGCUGCUUGAUAAUCUUUCAAAGCUUCAGCAUGCCCCAAGUGUGCAGUUCCAGGAGCGACCACCGGAUACUGAAUUGCCUGAGGGCUUUGGUUCAACGGUAAGGACACAACACCUGAUGUGUGGGCUAAGCACACAUCAUGGGUUCAAAUCCUACUGUGGACAAGACCUUGUAAUUAAGUUGGAGGAGGGUAUAAGGUUCCUAGCUGAUGAAGAUCUAGAGGAUGCAGAUUCAAGAUGGGAUGCUGAUUCUGACACAAAUGGCGAAGAACGUAAGCCCAAUCCUAGCAGAGUGAGGAGGGAACAUGUUGAACCUGAAGGAAAAGGCACGGACGAUAUGAAAACAGAAGAGCACCUAAGAGAAGUAGAAUCGACAUUCGCAGAGUCAACAAGUUUGAAGGGUGGCAAUUCAAGUUCUACACUGAUAGAUGGAGGACAGAUUAAAGUGGAACAAGGAAACUCUAACAAGCUUUUUGAUCAACCAACUGAUAUUAUCUCCUAAAUAGACUUUUUCAAUCUUUUAAACUUUACUGUAAUGUAUGAUUCUUUAAAUUAUACAUUUGAGUCUACUUGUUAUGCACACUAAUUUACAGAUAUGAUAUGAUCCAUGAACAAUCUCCCUCA